UCUGAAGUUAAAAGGUGGAGAUGGGUGUACAAGCAGUAGCAGAAAAAGGAAAUGAAAAGAAAGUGCCAAGUUUGGUAGAAAACUUUGCGGGGCUCCUUGAACUGUUCGAAGAUGGAUCCAUACUUCGCACAGACCACCAUCUGGCGAUGAAUGUUCCUCCUUGUGAAAAGCCCGGCCCAGAAGAUGGUGGUGUUGCGAGCAGAGAUGUUGUAAUAAAGGAGGAACUUGGCAUCUGGGUCAGAAUCUACCUUCCAAUUGCCACCCUCUCCAAAUUACCCCUUUUGCUCUAUUUCCAUGGCGGGGGAUUUUGUUUCCUUUCUCCUGCUUUUAUUUUUCCCCAUCGUUUUUGCCUGAAGUUGGCUGCCACCAUUGGAGCCAUAGUCGUUUCUGUGAAUUACAGGUUGGCUCCAGAACAUCGCCUUCCUGCUGCCUACGAUGACGCCAUGGAAGUACUUCACUGGCUUCGAUCCUCGCACUCUCACUCUGACCCCUGGUUAAACGCCUAUGCCGAUUUUAGCAGCGUGUUUCUCGUUGGAGAGAGUUCUGGAGGCAAUAUUGUGCACCAUCUUCUAUUGCGAACUGCUUCUGUCAUUCAUGGUAAGGGAAGCUCAGAAGACUCGGACUCGUGGGAUGACGAAGAUGAAUUGGACAUCAGGGGAGCAAUAUUACUUCAGCCAUUCUUUGGAGCACAAGAACGCACACAAUCGGAAAUUCUUUGUCCAGUGGACUCGCAGUUAGACGUACAAGUUUGUGAUACGUUGUGGAGGUUGGCAUUACCGAUGGGAAGCAGCAGAGAUCAUCCAUUUAGCAACCCCAUUAAGUACCUGCAAUUAGAGCUGCCUCUGCCUCCCAUGUUGGUUGUUUUGGGAGGUAAGGAUUGCUUGUGCGACAGAGGUGUGGAGUACUAUGAAGCCAUCCGAAACUCUGGUAAGUGCAAGCGUAUUGAUUUGAUGUUAUUUGAAGGAGAAGAGCAUGGAUUCCAUCAUGCACAAGGAAAUGAAGAAGCUCAUGAUAACCUCAACUACACCAGGCUGAUGCGCCAGGCAGCUCUCUUUGUUUCUUCCAACCGCGAUAAUGGCCCUCUUUAAAUGUCUUUAUUUCUGGUUCUUCUAUUUCAUACUAGCUUUCCAUUCUGCCGUAGGUUUAGUAAGUUUCCUUCUAUGUCUUCAUAUUCCACAAC